UUAUUAUAAUUGUGAUGUGUUAAAAGAUCAACGAUAACUAAAGGCAUUUGCACAUUAACUUUAAAGGGAACUGUGAUCAUCAUGUGGAAACUAAUAAUAUUAUGUACGGUGGGCCUGGUAGCCGCCGAAAGGGCUACUUUUGACAAUUACAAGGUUUUCAAAAUCACUCCAACUACACAGCCACAGGUUGACUUUCUGAAGCAGUUGGUAGAUGUUCCUGAUGGAUUUUCCUUCUGGUACUCACCGUCCGUGAACAAACAAGCGGAACUUAUGGUAGCUCCGCACAAGUUGCCCGAAUUCUAUGAAAUAAUGGCGCAGAUCCAAGUACCCUAUGAACUUUUUAUUCAGAAUGUUCAGUCAUUAAUCGAUCGGGUGACACCCGCGAGUAUAUCGACGGGAUUCGAUUUUAGAAACUACCACACGCUCGAUAAAAUUUACCAGAAUCUGGAUGACCUAGCUCAGCAGUAUCCCAAUAAGGUACAGACUAUCGUGGGCGGCAAAUCGUACGAAGGACGCCAAAUCAAAGGCGUCAAGGUUUCCUUUAAACCCGGCAAUCCCGGAAUCUUCCUCGAGGGUGGUAUUCACGCCAGGGAAUGGAUCUCUACUGCGACUGUUAUGUACAUUUUGCAUCAAUUACUGACCAGCACCAACCCGGAGGUCAGGGCUCUGGCUGAGAGCCACGAUUGGUACAUCUUCCCCUCGUUCAAUCCCGAUGGAUAUGUGUAUACGCACACCACGAAUCGAUUGUGGAGAAAAACACGUAAGCCAUAUAGUUUUGGCUGUUACGGCAGCGACCCCAACAGGAACUGGGGCUACAAAUGGAACGCUGGAGGAUCUAGCAGUUUCCCAUGCGCCGAAACCUACAACGGAAAUUCACCGUUCUCCGAUAUUGAGACAAAGAGCAUGUCCGAAUAUAUCGGAACCAUUUCCAACAAAUUUUACGCGUAUAUCGCAUUCCAUAGUUACUCGCAAUUAUUGCUGAUCCCGUACGGUCACACUAAGGCUCAUCUUGAUAACUACAAUGAUCUGCUUGGUAUUGGCAGAAAAUCGAUUACAGCUCUUGCAAAGAGAUAUGGAACUAAAUUUACGGUCGGAAAUAUUGCCGAGACAAUCUAUGUGGCUUCUGGAGGUUCUAUGGAUUGGGUCAAAGGCACUUUUGGUACACCUAUUACCUACACUUAUGAAUUGCGUGAUGAAGGUCGUUACGGCUUCUUAUUGCCACCUAAUCAAAUCAUCCCGACUGGAGAAGAAACUAUGGACUCUCUCAUAGGCAUGUUUAAAGAAGCAAAAGCACGUGGAUAUCCACAAAAAUAAUUAAGACUUGCGAAAUUUCGUAUACUACUGGCAUAUUUUUACUUGACGAUCUGCUAAGUUUUAAAUAUUGUAUAAUUUAUAAUACAAUAAAUAAAUCUUGAUAUUACUGUUCGUAUUUAUGUACAAUGUUUCAGAUUAAAGAUUAAAAUUUGUAUGAA